AUGAAAAACAAAUUGUGGAGCCCUUAUACAAAUGAUGUGAAGAUAGGAAUGUAAUUGAUAAAGUCAGAAUUUUUGAGGAAAGGAAAGUCACGUUAUUUAGUAGGAACAGAUAAUCUGCUCAUAAUAUUUGAGGUUUGUUGUGAGAGAUUAACAAAAAGGACCCGCAUGAUAAAAAACCAUUGAAAUAUACGAGAAUAAAUUUUGAUCUAAAAUUUGAGAUAGUUCGAACAGCACCUAAAAUGAGGCCAGGAUUUCCAGUAGUGAAAGUUUAUAAUGAUGGUCGUCCAGAUUAAGUGAAGAGUGAAAAUAUAGAGAAAUUGGGUGAUCCAAUAAAAUUAUAUUUGUUUAUAAAUGAAUAACACAAAUAUGAAUUGGUAGCACAUUAAUUGAUUAUUAUAUAAUGGAGAUAGUUUUUGGGUAAAAGAAUAAAUUAGUAUGGGUUCCAUCACUUAUUCAAGGUGUAUAAGAAGAUAGGGAAAGGAAGUUUUGCAUCUGUUUAUUUAGCAGAAAGNGUUUAUUGA